AUGCGCGCGCCCGGGGUGACGAAGCGCGUCGUCCGCGCGAGCGCGACGACCGGGGGCGCGGAGAACGACGCCGACGCCGACGCCGACGAUUCAACAACGUCCGUCGUCGACCUCGAGAAGGCGGCGCCGCCGCCGGGACCCGCGACGCCUCUGGAGGGCUCCGCGCUCGUCGCGAACGUCCUCCCCGCGGUCCUCGUCGCCGCACUAGGCGCGUUCUCGUUCGGGUUCCACCUCGGCGUCGUCAACCCGGCAUUGGAGCACCUCGCGCGCGAUCUCGGCAUCGCCGCCGACGCGCGGCUGAAGGGCUUCGUCGUCUCCGCCGUCCUCGCCGGCGCGACGAUCGGGUCGACGUUCGGCGGAAAGAUCGCGGACGCGAUCGGGCGCAAGCGCGCGCUCGUCGCGUCCGCGGGCCCGCUCUUCGUCGGGUCGCUGCUGUGCUCGUACGCGACGAACGUCGCCGCGAUGCUGAUUGGCCGCGCGCUCUGCGGCGUCGGCCUCGGCGCGGCGUCCAACGUCGUGCCGAUGUACAUCGCGGAGAUCUCCCCGGAGAAGUACCGCGGCUCGCUCGGUUCGCUGAACCAGCUCUUGAUCACGAUCGGGAUCCUGUGCGCGGUCGUCGCCGGGCUGCCGCUGAGCGGCGACCCGGCGUGGUGGCGGACGAUGUUUCUGUUGGGCGUGAUUCCCGCGGGGUUGCAGGGCGCUUUGAUGACCGUCGUGCCGGAGUCGCCGUCGUGGCUCCGGCGGCGCGGGAAGACGCGCGAGGCGCAGGCCGCGGAGCUCGCGCUGUGGGGCGCGGUGCUCGGCGCGAGCGCGGGCGAGGACAAGGGCGACGACGGCGCGAAGGAGGCGGACGCGCCGAUCUCGGACCUUUUCGCGGCGGAGAAUCGGAGGCAGAUGACGAUCGGGACGGCGUUGUUUUUCCUGCAGCAGAUGACGGGGAUCAACGCGGUCAUCUACUUCAGCAGCGCGAUGUUCGUCGCCGCGGGGGUGGAGUCCGCGGUCGCGGCGUCCGUCGCGGUCGUCGCGACGAACGUCUUCGGGACGUUCGUCUCCGGGCAAGUCUUGGACCGCACGGGUCGCAAACCUCUGUUGUACGUGUCGUUCGUAGGCAUGGGACUCUCGUGUCUCUGCAUCGCGUACGCGAUGGCGUGGCAGAGCGCGUGGGCGCUCGCGGGCCCAGCCGCGGUGAUCGCAACCCUGGCGUACAUCAUGUCGUUCGGCUUGGGCGUCGGGCCGAUCCCGGGGCUGAUGUCGUCGGAGAUUUUCAGCAGCCGCGUGCGAGGGAGCGCGAUGAGCGCGUGUCUCAUGACGCACUGGGUGUUUAACUUUUUCAUCGGGCAGAUGUUCUUGCCCGUGGUCGAGGCCGUCGGCGCGCCCGCGGUGUUCGUCGGGUUCGCGGGGAUGUGCGCCGUGUCCGUGUUGUUCGUGAAGACGACGGUGUUGGAGACGAAAGGGAAGUCGCUGGACGUGAUUCAAAAGGAGAUGGCCGCGCUCAACGCGUGAUGAAGAGGACCGACCUUCCGUCGCGAACCCGACUGUUGUAUACGAUUCAAUUCAUCCGUCGCGUGCUACU